AUCUGUGAGGCUCCCCGCACAAAAGAUUUGAAGGCUCUGGAAAAGAUGGGACAUCUGGACCGGGCGGCUUUGUAAUCCGAAGAAGAAUUUUACUGGAAGUGUUUUAGGCAUUUUUGUCAUAUUUCAGAGCCAUGGGCCUCCUGGAGCUUCUUUGUCUGCUGCUCUACAUGGCUGACGCUAGCAGCGAUGUGCACAAGUGGAUCGAGCAGAAGCUCCCGGUGCUGACAGAGAGGAAAACUGAACUUCAAGAGAAACCUCUCUUCAGAGGACCAAAAGGGGAUGCGAAGGGAGGCAAAGCUCAGAGACUCUGCGGUAUUGAGUGUCAAAGUGGCCUCCCACCCUUAAACCCGAGCGAGCAAGAGAGGAUUCUGGGAUACGAGACGAUGCGCGACAACGGAACGUGCACGCGCACCGACGUCACCUUGCAGGGUUUGAAUGCCACAGGAGCGGCCCCGUGCAUUUCGUUGCCGACCCGCGGGAAACGGCAGGUUUACGGCGCCGACGGUCGCUUCGUCAUCUCUGACUGGCAUUACGCCACCAACUACCCUUUCGCCGCGGCGGUGCGCCUCUCCGCGGGCUGCUCCGGGGUGCUGGUUUCCCCCAGGCACGUGCUCACGGCGGCAAACUGCAUCCAUGAUGGCAGUUACUAUCUGGAGAACGUGAAAAGUCUGAAAGUAGGAGUGCUGCAACUUAAAAACAAAAGGAGGAGGCGGAGGCCGAGGGCCGCAAGAAGAAACAGACAAAAAGAAGAGAUGACGCAUGGAGAGAUGAAUAGAACUGAUGCAGGAAGAGACGACAGGAGGACUUGGCAGGUGGGAAUCGGUCGCACCGGAAGGCAGCCUGUAUUCCGCUGGAUACGAGUCAAACAAACUCACAUCCCUCAAGGAUGGAUCCGCUCGAAGAACUCCACCAACUCCGUGGCCCCGGACUACGACUACGCCCUCCUGGAACUGAAACGAGCUGUCAAGCAGAAGAAGUUCAUGGAGAUCGGCGUGGCGCCCCGCACCUCCCCCCCGACCCGGAUCCACUUCUCGGGCUACGACGAAGACGAAAGCCCGCUGGCCACCCGCAGGGGAGAGAAGGUGGUCUACCGCUUUUGCUUGGUGGUGAAGGAGUCCGACGAUCUGAUGUACCAGCGCAGCGACGCUCGGCCGGGCGCUGACGGGGCGGGGGUUUACGUCCGUCUGAGACAAGGGGGCGGGAAAGGGAAGUGGCGGAGGAGAGUGAUCGGCGUGUUCUUGGGUCACCGGUGGGUGGAAGUUGACGAAGGUGAGCAGCGGGACUUCAACGUGGCGGUGAGGAUCACCCCCGCCAAAUAUGCGCAAAUCUGCCACUGGAUCCACGGAGACCCCAGCCACUGCAAGACUCUUUGAAAUUCAAACGUUGCUAAAAAGUCCAACCAUUUACGACCGCGAAAUUCUGACAGAUAAUGUGACACGCCGUGAGGGUCGUUUGGGUGAUUUGUAUUUUAUUGCAUCUCAUCGCAGGACUUGCAUGCAGGUUAAAGAAGAGUGGGGGGGGGGUAAAUAUUAGGGCAGAACAUCAUCAAUUCAAAGUCCCUCUCCCCAGCCUCCAAGAAAUGCAAUCUUCAUAUUACUGAACAUAAUCUAUCCGCAUUGUCUAUGUGAAUGUCAUUCUUGCUUUUAUUUUAUUUUUUUCUUUCAACAUGUAAUUGUCACAAUGGAUUAAGUUACAGUCACUUUUGGAAAUAAACAACACAUAACAUCUAGCGUAUACGUGAGUGCUUUACACGCCGCUUCCCAAUCAGCAAAUGUACCUGAUGCCAACCAAUUGCAUGCACAAAUGCAAGUAACUUCAAUAUUAUUUCGUCCCCAGCCACUCGACACCAGCAGAGGGCGUCACGUCAAACAGCCAGCAAUUAUUUUAAAUGAAUACUGCCUCUACAAAACUGACAGGUAUGUUUUUUGUUGUUUGUUUACAUCUACAUGCUCCCCCCCCCCCCAAGAUAUGUAACUAAAAUAUAUGGUAUUUUGUCUUCAAAAUAAAGAAAAUAAGUCAUCUAUCAUUAAAAUGCAUGUUAAUUUGUGCACAGAUCUCGGCACGUUUCCGUAGAAUCCCAAAGUAAUAAUAAAACCGUGGAUGACGUUGCAUGUUUUUCACGACCAAUAGGGAGCGUGAGUGGCGAAGCUUGACAUACUUGAAGGUACAACCAUCACACACACACACACACACGUAGCUCGGUAUUAGCUGGGACGACGGGGAGUUAGCUCAGUAUUAGUUGGGACGAUGAAGGAGGCGGGUUGGCCAGUCAAGAUACACACACCAAAACACAGUCCACAUUGAACAACACGCUCCUCGUCUGGCAGAUGCGCAGGGAAACCACCAGACCAUUGCAUUCAAGUCCAGAAUAAUUUUCCAUAUGCAUUCUUUUUUUGUUGUUCUUUUUCUUUGCCCCUCCCCCCUAGCUGUAAUAUAUUAAGUAGAGUUUAACACUGAUUUACACCCACACACACCCACACACACGUAAAACUAUGUGUUCUGUAUCUAGGGUUCACAUUUACAGUUGUGCUACAACAGUACAUCAUGGGGGCGGAGGUAUGGGGGGGUCUUCGAGGGGU